GGGAGGGUGUCGGCUUAGACUUAAAGUGAGGUGAAAGCUCAAGGUGAAUCCAGGUGUUGAAUAUUCGCACUGUAUGGAUACCUAACCGAGCUAGCCAUUAAAAGCCUAGCGCCCAAGCCACCUCGCCAUUCUCGACUCCCGCUCGUUGCUGCAUAUUGAAGGCACUCUCGCGCGGCCUUAGCACUAAACUAAAUCUUAAGCACCAUCUACCUUGGCAGUGAAAGCACCUUUCCAGGCUUUCUAAACAACGCUUCGCAACCCUUCUAUUCGAGAACCAAUAUAGGCCAGCGCUACAAGCAGCCUAGUCGUACCGCGCGGCAUACAACAUACACACGCAUUCUAGCGACGUGCCCUCAAGGCAAAGUCAACCAUGGAUCUCCUUUCCACCGUUAGGAAACAGGGCUCGCGGGGAGGCGUCAACUUCAGUUGGGACGAUGUCGCUACCUCAGCGCACCGUGAGAACUACCUCGGUCACAGUUUAAAGGCGCCAGUUGGGCGGUGGGCCCAGGGGCGCGACCUGAACUGGUAUGCCAAAGCAGACCCAACAGCGGCAGAUACGGGCGAGACAGAGGCGGAACGGGAGGAGCGCGAGCGUCUUGAAGAAAUCCGCAAAAUCAAGGAAGCUGAGGAGGAUGCGAUAUCACGCGCCUUGGGCCUGCCUAUCGCACCACGCAACGUCACGGGCGCCAAUGCCGUAGAGGUCGAAGGAUCCAAAGUUCCCAGCCGUGCUGCUGCGAAUGAGACUGAUGACGCCGGCGUACCAAAGGAGCCUCAGCUGAAGGAUUCACGCAGAGAUAGACCCCGAGGGUCGGAUAGGCGACAUAGGAGGAGCCAUCGGAGCAGAGAGCGGGACCGGGACCGCAGCAGAAGCAGAAGCCGGCAUAGGAGACGAGACAGCUCAGCGGCUGGCAGAGACAGGGACAGCCGCCCUAGGCGGAGAAGUCGCAGCCCCGAUCGCGCUCUCAGGCUUCACGAGAGGAGGCGGGACGGCGAUCGAAGUCGCAGUCGAGACCACAAGCGGCGAGACCAGAGGAGUCGUAGUAGGGACAGACGGCCGAGACACCGAGAUCAACAGCGAGAUCAAGAGCGGAGUAAGGCCGAAGGUGGAAACAGGUAGUUUUGUUCCCUUUGGUGAAUUUCAGGUUUGCCACGAGGCAUCCUUUGCGAAGCGCCUCCAAGGCAAAAUGUAAUCAUUGAAGUCUUAGCCCAAGGUCUAGCUCAGCGAUCCUGCCUACAGCGUAACAAGGAACUUCAACUAUGGGUUGUGAGUGGGCAAGAGCCUAUCCAUAACUGUAGCUUGCGAUGUUUGUAUGGACUAACAGAAUACCAUUCACCGUCUCACCUUAUAUAAGCGCAGUUUAAACGCGAUCGAGAACUACGGUAGGUACCUACUGUGCCUCACCUUGCCUUACAUGUCCGAUUUUUCUGGCGGUAUACACGUGUACUUGAGUGACAUAUGACGGAUAGUUGGUCAAAUGAUACGCGUGUAGAUAGAAGAAAAGAAAGAAACAUGGAAUGUUCUAUUCGUCAAGGGACUCGUCAUCUC